AUGAGCAACCUGAUCGCCAAAGGGAUCCAGAAGGUCGAGAAGGCCUUCGCACCGGCACCGACUCCGGCCGGUCCAGCGCCGACCUCCAUCGACCCCGUGGCGGUACUGAAGCAGCUGUCGAGUGAGGAGAAGAUUGCACUUUUGAGCGGAGAUGACAUGUGGCACACGGCGCCGGUGAAGCGACUGGGCGUGCCGAGGGUCCGGUGCAGCGAUGGACCGAACGGUGUGCGUGGUACAGCUUGGACGAAUGGCGCUGCAGCUUCCUGCUUCCCGUGCGCGACAGCUCUUGGCGCUUCGUUCGACGUCGACCUCAUCCGUCGCAUUGGCGAAGCGCUUGGCGAAGAAUGUCGUGCUCGAGGCGUGCACUGCAUCCUUGGUCCUACGACCAACAUCCAGCGGCAUCCUUGCGGCGGGCGCGGCUUCGAGAGCUUUGGCGAGGGCAACGGUGCUGAUAUCGCAGAUCCCCAUCUUUCUGGCACUGCCGCUCUUGCCUGGAUCGAGGGCGUCCAGUCCAAGCAGGUCAUGACCAGUAAGUCCUCCUUUCAUAAUCACCGCCGGAGCAGCAACUCGGUCAUGGACGAGCGGACGAUGCACGAAAUCUACCUCGAGCCUUUCCGAAUCCAGAUGAAGGCCGAUCCUGCGGUAUUCAUGCCUUCCUACAACAAGGUCAAUGGGCAGCACGUCGUGGAGCAGUCAUACCUUCUGCGCAAGGUGCUCAGGGAUGACUUUGGCUUCCAUGGCAUGCUCAUGUCGGACUGGUCAGGAACGACGCCGGGGUACGAGACCAUCAAGGCUGGGCUGGACCUGGAGAUGCCGGGCCCAUCGAUGGUUCGAGGCGCUGCUGUCGAGAGAGACAUGAUCACGGGCAAGCUCACUACGGCGGAUGUGGAUGAGUGUGUGCUGAGGGUGCUUGAAUACGUCAAGACCGCCCAGCUCUCCGGUAUUCCCUUCGAAGCGCUCGAGAGCUCCAUCGACACUCCUGCUGUCCGAGGCCUCCUCCGCGAGUCAGCCAGCGACGGUGUAGUCCUGCUCAAGAACACCGCCAACGUCCUUCCCAUCCCUUUGAAGGCCGGCCUGAAGAUCGCUGUCAUCGGUCCCAACGCAAAAAUCGCAGCCUACUCGGGCGGCGGGUCCGCUUCGCUCCUGCCGACGUACAAGGUGACUCCGCUGGAAGCUAUCACCGAGGAGGCGACCAAGAUCGGGGCGCAGGUCUCAUACACCAUCGGAGCGGACGGCUCGAGCUUUUCGCCGCUCUUGACGGACUUUUUGAGCUUGCCGGCUGGAGUGGCGGAUGUGGGAAUUGUGUGUGCCGACUUUUACGAGGAAAAUCCAUGGAAUGGCAAGGAGGUCCAGCCCGUCUUCCGGAAGUGCAACAACAGCGCGUUCACCUACUUCAUCGACGGCAUUCCAAAGACCAUCCCGGUCAGGGGAUACGUCUCGCUCAAGACAGUCUUCACGCCCGAUGUAGGCGGCAAGUGGAUCCUGGGUCUGGGCGUGGCGGGCCAAGCCGACCUGUACGUGGACGGAAAGAAAGUGGUCGACAACUCGACGGAUCAGAAAGAGGGUCUGCUCUUCUUCAACACUGGCGCGGAAGAGCGAUUCGGCGAGAUCGAGGUCGAAGCUGGCAGGCCUUACCAGUUCGAAGUCCGCUUCUCCAACUUCAAGCAGCUGAACGCACACUCUCCCUACGCCGGUCGACGAGGAGGUAUCCGGAUUGGUGGUCGGCCCAAAUACGACGCCAAGACUGAAAUCGCUAAAGCUGUCAAGCUGGUCCAGGAGUCUGACGUGGCCAUUGUCGUCAUCGGCACAAACAGCGAAUGGGAGUCCGAGGCGUAUGACCGGUCCGAUAUGAAGCUACCUCCCGGUACCGACGACCUCGUCCGCGCUGUUCUCGCCGCCAAUCCGAAGACCAUCAUCGCGAACCAGUCCGGCAUGCCCGUCGAGCUCCCUUGGCUCGCUGAGUCCACCACGGUUCUUCAGUCCUUCUUUGGCGGGAACGAGUGUGGAAGUGGCAUCUCGGACGUCGUCUUUGGCCUCAAGAAUCCCAGCGGCAAGCUCCCCCUGACAUGGUCCCAGAAGCUCGAGGAUUGGCCGAGCCAUGGAAACGGUCGAUUCGGUGACGACGUGACGACGGUAUAUGGAGAGGGUAUCGAGGUGGGGUACCGCCACUUCGACCGGCCAGGCAAGGUCAAGAGCGAAUUCCCAUUCGGGUACGGAUUGAGCUACUCGACUUUCAAGUUCGGUGAGCUGAGCGUAUCCCCUGUCGAGCCCUACGGUGCCGAAGUGUCGUUUGACGUCACCAACACCAGCAACGUCGCCGGCGCGGAAGUCGGCCAGGUCUACGUUCACCAGUACUCGCCCAAGGUCGCUCGGCCGGACAUUGAGCUCGCUGGGUUCGCCAAGGCUCAUCUUCAGCCUGGAGAGACCAAGAGCUUGACUGUGGUCCUUGAUCACAAGGCAUUCUCAUACUACUCGGUCACCCAGAAGGCGUGGGUUGCCGAGAAGGGCACCUACGAGAUUCGGGUAGGGUCCUCUUCUGUCGACAUGCACCUCACGGCGCCGUUCAGCCUGGGCGAGAGCUGGACGUGGAUUGGACGGAAGGAGCCGGAGAGGCUGGCGUACUGA